AUGGAUAAAAAUUUAAAAAGCGAAGAAGAACCUUUAGAUUUAUCGCUAAAAAACUUUAAUAAAAAUUAUUUAAAUAACCCAAAAACAACCAAGUUAUUUUGUGGGUUUUGUUCAAAAACUUUUGACAGACCAUCGUUGUUAAAACGUCAUUUGCGCACCCACACCGGCGAAAAACCCCACAUUUGCGAAGUUUGCAACAAAGGUUUUUCGACGUCGAGUUCGUUAAACACGCAUAAAAGAAUCCACACCGGUUUAAAACCGCACGUAUGCCAAUUUUGUGGGAAGAAAUUCACCGCAAGUUCGAACUUGUAUUAUCAUAAAAUGACACAUUCAAAAGUUAAACCUCAUAAAUGUGACGUUUGCCCCAAAUCAUUUCCAACACCCGGCGAUUUAAAAUCGCACAAAUACACGCAUAACGGGCGGUGGCCCUUUAAAUGUUUCGUUUGCUUGAGGGGGUUUA